AUUCAAAUCUAACCAAAUUCCCAUUCAAAUUUUCUUCACUGAUUUCAGAUUCCACGCUUAUAAAAUCCCCAUUUUACAUUUCAUUUCCUUUGAUCUGUACAUCCUAAUUCUUGGAUCCAAAUCAUCUGAUCACAAAUUUAAACUCAAAUCUAAUUUUAAUUUUAAUUUUUCUUGAUUUGCAUUCGAUAGAGAUUCUAUAAAAUGGCGACAAUGGAGAGUUUGAUUGGAUUAGUUAACAGAAUCCAACGAGCUUGUACUGUUUUAGGUGAUUAUGGCGGCGAAGGCAUGUCUUUAUGGGAAGCUCUCCCGUCUGUUGCUGUUCUCGGAGGCCAGAGUUCUGGAAAAUCUUCAGUGUUGGAAAGUGUUGUUGGGAGAGAUUUCUUGCCUCGUGGAUCCGGAAUUGUUACGCGGAGGCCGUUGGUGUUGCAGCUUCAUAAGAUAGAGGAUGGGAAGGCUGAAUACGCAGAGUUUCUUCAUGCGCCAAAGAGGAGGUUUAAUGAUUUCGCUGCUGUGCGUAAGGAGAUUGCAGAUGAAACUGACCGAAUUACUGGGAAGUCGAAACAAAUAUCUAACAUCCCAAUUCACCUCAGUAUAUAUUCCCCAAAUGUUGUAAACUUGACACUCAUAGAUUUACCUGGAUUGACGAAGGUUGCUGUAGAGGGCCAGCCAGAAAGUAUAGUCGAAGAUAUAGAAAAUAUGGUUCGAUCUUAUGUUGAGAAGCCCAACUCCAUUAUAUUGGCUAUAUCUCCAGCUAAUCAAGAUAUUGCCACUUCUGAUGCAAUAAAACUUGCCAGAGAAGUUGAUCCUUCAGGUGAAAGGACAUUCGGUGUGCUGACAAAGCUUGAUCUGAUGGAUAAAGGAACUAAUGCUCUCGAUGUUCUUGAAGGAAGGUCAUACAGACUGCAACAUCCCUGGGUUGGAGUUGUUAAUCGUUCACAAGCUGACAUUAACAAGAAUGUGGACAUGAUCGCUGCUCGUAGAAAGGAGUGUGAAUAUUUUGAAACAAGCCCUGAAUAUGGACAUUUGGCUAGUAAAAUGGGUGCUGAGUAUCUGGCAAAACUUUUGUCUAAGCAUUUAGAGACAGUUAUCAGACAGCGCAUACCAAGUAUCAUCGCGUUAAUUAAUAAGACCAUUGACGAGCUUAAUGCAGAGUUGGACCGCAUUGGCAGGCCUAUUGCAGUAGACUCAGGGGCUCAGCUUUAUACGAUUCUUGAAAUGUGUCGUGCUUUCGACCGUGUAUUUAAGGAACAUCUGGAUGGAGGCCGCCCCGGUGGAGAUCGAAUUUAUGGAGUUUUUGAUCAUCAACUUCCAGCUGCUUUAAAAAAGCUGCCAUUUGACCGACAUCUCUCUUUGAAAAAUGUGCAAAAAGUUGUUUCAGAAGCUGAUGGUUAUCAGCCACAUCUAAUUGCCCCAGAGCAAGGAUAUAGGAGGCUGAUUGAUGGAUCUAUCAGCUACUUUAAAGGACCUGCUGAAGCCUCUGUGGAUGCUGUCCACUUCAUUUUGAAGGAACUUGUGAGGAAAUCAAUAGCUGAAACAGAGGAAUUGAAGCGAUUUCCUACACUUCAAUCUGACAUUGCUGCUGCUGCAACUGAAUCUCUAGAAAAAUUCCGCGAUGAUAGCAGGAAAACAGUUUUAAGGCUGGUUGAUAUGGAGUCUAGCUACCUGACAGUGGAAUUUUUCCGGAAGAUUCACCUUGAAGGGGAUAAAAAUAUGAAUCCAAACUCAAGCUCAAAUCCCAAUUCAAACUCAAAUCCAAAUGCACCAGGCCCUAAUGCUGAUCGUUAUGCUGAUUAUAACUUCAGGAAGAUUGGUGCAAACGUCAAUGCUUAUAUUAAUAUGGUUUGCGACACACUAAGGAAUUCUAUUCCGAAAGCUGUAGUUUAUUGUCAGGUUAGAGAGGCUAAGAGAUCUCUUCUCAACCUCUUCUAUGCACAAAUUGGGCGGAGAGAGAAGGAGCGGCUCGGCGCAAUGUUGGAUGAGGAUCCUCAACUCAUGGAAAGGAGAACAACCAUAGCAAAGAGGCUUGAACUAUACAAAUCUGCUAGGGACGAGAUUGAUUCAGUUGCAUGGAAGUGAUACAUAUACAUUUAUUUUUUCCUCAUAUUGCAGGUUAGAUAUUACAUGGAAAAUUUGAGUUCAUAUUCUUUUUCGCGCUUGAUCAUCAUUAGAAGAUUUAUUCUUAUACUCCGGCAUGUGGCCGUACAUUGAUAGUGGGAUAUGGUGGAACUAUUCUGUUUUACAUACACAAUCUUUAAGAUUUUUGGCUAUGGCUGUAUCUAUCUAACAGUAAUCAAGCUCCAUUGUAUGUCAAUUUCUUAUUGUAUUA